AUGAGUCUCGACCGCUGGAGGCGCCGAGGCUCCAUCCCCAGCAAUUCCGAUAAGCCUCCUUCGCCCUCCUUGUCCCCUCAAGACUUGGACAAUGCGCCUGGCAAGAAACCUCGUGUGCUUACAAAAGCCCUGCGCUCCCUCAGCAACUCGUCCAUCGAUUCCAUGCCUGCCUUGCCCUCGCGAAGCUCCAAUUCACAACGCCGCCUGCAAAAGACAACCUCAGGUUCUGGCUCCAUGAUCGAACGAUUCCACCGUCGAGUCUCCCGCGAUUCUACCGCCAAUCCGCCGGCUGAUCCUUGCCCGAGCCCUCCUCUAGACUCAUCUCACUCCUCUAUGCCAAUUAUCAAGCGCGGCUGGUUGAAACAGGAUUCAUCUAGUCGCAAAGCCCGCUCCGGCUACAUUGUCCUCACCGACCAGUGCCUUUCCAGGUUUGCAAGCUUCGAGGCUGCCCGUCUCACAUAUCCACAGCUUGCCGCUCAGGAAGAGCCAUUUAUUGGUAGAUCGGCCUCUUCUGCUUCCCUCUCUGGCAAGGCCAGCACUGCUGCCGAACAUCGCCUCGAGAUUCCUCUUACCGCGGUCGUGACCAUCUUCACUGAAACCAACACCGAGCAUGCUGUUGACGUGUACUGGUCAUCGCCUGCCCCCAGACUAGCCUACCUGCGUACGCAGCUGUCUUUCAGCACGGCUAGAGAGAGGGACGAGUGGCUCACCUUCUUGCAUCGCGCCUGCAGACAGAAGAUGCGCCAGAGCCCUCAGCCGGAUAUCAUCCUGGAGAAUGUUCGAGAGAAGAUUCACCAGACUGUCCGCGACAAAGAGACAGUCGGGGAUGAAUCCAAGAUAAUCAUUUUUCCUGUCGUGAGCCGUGUCACUUCCUCGUCCAAAGCCGCGGGCGAUGACACCAUCUAUUCCACCGACGGCGGCCCUUCUAGUUAUCUCGUCAUUGGCCCUCUUCUGUGUUAUCUUAUCGAGAUCCUCAAAUCCGAUCACGCUACACCUUCUUGUGACCUCGUGGCAAAGGUACAAUCUUUCGGCACGGUUACGCUCAGUAAAUUCCAGGCCUCCGUUUUAACUCCUGAGCAAACCUUUGUCAUGUGCUUUCGAGUUCCUUUUGGAAACGAAACCCGUCUCGCACUAGCCAGUCUUCACUACCGUCGCAUCAUCGAGAGCAUGAUAAAAAUGGACAGAAUCUUGAAGCCCACCUGGCCCCAACAUCUUCAACAAGCCAUCUUUGACAUUCGUGGUCUCUCUCCUCCUUUACAACUCACAUCUGGCAAUGACUUGGGUGGGUUUGAUAUCAGCUUGCCCGCUUACUGUGCAGCCUUUAAUGUUUCCAUACCAAACUGGCGUAUCGACUGGAACACACCAUCACAGCCUUGUUUUUGCCUUCUGCCGUCCCAUGACAGCUAUUCUCCCCUUCAACUUCUAGCUGUCUUCAGGGCUCUGCGAUACAAUGGCUUCUUCAAGGCAGUCUCUUUCGCAAAUGUCGACCUUACACCGUUGGCUGUUUACCAGGAUCCUUCACAAUCUGGAAACUUCAUCGUUUAUGCGUCGGCUAACCGUGUCCGCGUGCCCGACGAUCUCUUGGUCAUCAUGUCGCAGUCAUCUGUUCUCGCACAAGAAAUCCACUCGCUGCUUUUUGCCUCGGAUUCUUUUCGAUCCAUCAAUUUAUGUAAUGUUCUCGGCUUAUUCGAUCCCAAGAAGGGUCGCCGCCGCAGACCUGCCAAUGUCAAGAAGGUUGAAGCUAUGACGGCCGGGUUGGUCCGUCCGAUCACGGAACUGCUCAAACGACAGCUGUCCCACUGUCAUAGCAUUGUUCUCUCCCACAAUCUGAUUUCUACUGAAGAUGCUGAGGAAUUACGCGACACCCUGAACCUCCAUCAUGUCCGCAUUCGACGACUUGAGCUUGCCGAGUGCGGCCUUUGCGAAUUUGGCUUAUCCGACAUUUGGACGGCACUGGACCGCCAGGCAGAGACUUUGGAGAUACUAGACUUGUCCAACAACCCGGCAGUUGUUCGCUUUGAAAUUAUCUGCAAUGCUCUCAGCCACCUCAAAGGCAUAACUAAGCUCUGCAUCGCUCGGAAUGUGCGACUGGCGACGGAACUUUCACUCUUCGACGAUGACGCUCUAGCCACUUGGCAGCUUCAGGAACUAGACUUAUCUGGUAUUAUCAUUAAUGAUGCCACCAUUGAAAGUCUCGCCAACUAUCUGUCUGCCAGUGGCUCGCAAUCUCUUCGGAAACUGUAUCUCAAUUCCUGCGGGCUCAACGGAUCUCAAGUCGCUCGGCUUUUUCGCAGCAUGGGGCCGAGCCGCGAGAUGGAAGUUUACCUGGACUCGAAUCGCCUAGAUGACGGCAUCGCGGAUUUGUGCGAUGCCAUUGGUGCCGGGCUAGGUCCGUGGUGUCUGUUUCUACAAAUGAUAGAUUUCGCCCGCGAGGAAAGUUAUGUCAAGCUGCUUCGGGCGCUGGCACUAAACACCUCCAUCCAAUGUCUGAGCUUGGCUGGCACUUCAACCCCAGAUGCCGCGAGCGAAACUGCCUGUCAAGCUGUUUUCGACUUCUUAUCAAAGAACACGUCGGUUCGCUACUUGGACAUGUCUGGUUUCGAUUCCAAACUCGAUGAGGGCAGGCUAGGGAGAGGAUUUUCACGAGCGCUCGGUGGAAUCCGCCACAACACGCGGAUUGAGCACCUUCGGGUCCGCAGUCAAAUGCUCAACAUCAACAUGGGUGAUUUUGCAGGAGCUCUCGCCGUGAACAAAGCCCUGCAAACUGUCGAUUGCUCAUUAAACGACUUGUCAUUGUCCAACCUGCGGUUCCUCAUCAAGAACCUCGAGGGCAACCCGUCGAUACGUAACUUUUCUGCGUUUACAAGUCAGGAACUUGCUCGUUCGAUGAACAAGUCUAUUCGCGAUGCGACAACCCCAGUCGCUGUCAAACGGCCGUCUGUCAUGUCACGAUUUAGGCCUGAGAGGAGCAGCCAGCCCCCACAGGACGCAGCCCUGAUUCAGGAGCUCAAGGGUGAAUGGGAGCAUGCUAUUACUUGCUUGCAGAGCAUCACGGACGAGAACCUGCGAAACCAUGUCGACGUGGUAACGUCGGAUACCGCAUUAACAAGCCAGGCCUCUGUUGAGGGUGACAGUGUGUUUGCAACGGCCUUUGGUGGUCUUGCUGUAGAGGACUACGAAGGGCUCAAGAGAGUCUCAAGACGCAGCGCCGACGCAUCGCAGCGCAUGAGUCUGCAUGCUCGCACCAACUCUAGCAGAUCUACGGCUGGACGGCCCGACUCAGUUGAUUCGAGCGAAGUCGCUGCCAGCCCCAAUAGCGAUAUCGCUGUGAGCCCCAAUAGCGAAGCCGGCAGCAGCGAGUCUGGUGCUGCAACACCACUCGACGUUGACUACGGAGUCGAGGCUGAGCCAAAGCUGCGAAGCGCCCAGGAGCAGUGGACUGUUUAUGGGGACAGUCCUGAACUAAGUUGUGCUUGUGGCGAUGGUCAAGAUGCGGAUGUCGGGCUCCAGAUGAAGCGCUACCGACGAUUUCAAGGAGACCCGACAGACCGGAUCGAGGAAGAGGACCAGGCGAAUGAAGCAGAAAAUGGCUCGCUGUAA